GGGCAUAUGUAAAACCCUAUAAAAGUUCUCAAAUCUCAUAGCUAACAAUCCACACCACCAAGCAAAUUAAAGAUGAGUGUCAACAUAGAUGAAGCACCCAUUUUUGCUCCAUCUUUACCAGUACCAAAUGUUCAAGAAAUGGUGAAGGUUAAUCCUUUGCAAGUUCCAACAAAAUAUGUGAGGAAUGAAGAAGAAAUGGAGAAAGUAAACUACAUGCCUCAACUUUCUUCUGAGAUUCCUGUAAUUGAUUUUACACAGCUUUCAAAUGGGAACAUGGAGGAGUUGCUGAAACUUGAGAUUGCAUGCAAGGAGUGGGGUUUCUUUCAGAUGGUGAAUCAUGGUGUGGAAAAAGACCUUAUACAAAGAAUGAGGGAUGCAUCAAAUGAGUUUUUUGAACUUCCAAUGGAAGAGAAGGAAAAGUAUGCAAUGCUCCCAAACGACAUACAAGGCUAUGGGCAAAAUUAUGUCGUUUCUGAGGAGCAAACACUUGAUUGGUCCGACGUACUAGUUUUAAUCAUUUAUCCCGACCGGUAUAGGAAGCUUCAAUUUUGGCCAAAAACCUCACAUGGAUUCAAAGAGAUAAUAGAGGCAUAUUCAAGUGAAGUGAGACGAGUUGGCGAGGAACUUCUAAGUUUUCUGUCUAUUAUCAUGGGGUUGGAGAAACAUGCUCUCGCUGAACUGCAUAAAGAAUUAAUUCAAGGUUUACGCGUGAACUAUUACCCUCCUUGCAACAACCCUGAGCAAGUAUUGGGUUUGAGUCCACACUCUGACACAACCACCAUUACCUUACUUAUUCAAGAUGAUGAUGUGCUUGGAUUAGAAAUCAGAAACAAAGGAAAUUGGGUACCGGUUAAACCAAUAUCAGAUGCUCUAGUUAUCAAUGUUGGAGAUGUUAUAGAGAUAUUGAGUAAUGGAAAAUACAAGAGUGUAGAACACAGGGUAAUGACAAAUCAGAACAAAAGAAGGAUUUCUUAUGCAUCAUUUUUAUUCCCUCGAGAUGACGUUGAAGUUGAGCCCUUUGAUCAUAUGAUAGAUGCUCAAAACCCCAAGAUGUACCAGAAAGUCAAGUAUGGAGAUUAUUUGAGGCAUUCCUUAAAGAGAAAAAUGGAGCGAAAAACACACACCGAUGUGGCAAAGAUAAAGGAACAUGUAAUAGUGACAUAACAACUCAAAGAAAAUGAGGAAAAAGAUGAAGAUUCCGUGAUUGUCUGUUUGUUAUUAGUGCAUAUUUUCUGUUUUUUAAGGGAUUUUCUGUUUUAUUCUAUUGUAUGUUUUGCUUCUGUUUCCCUAAACUCUGUGUGUACUCUCUGUAUUUAAAUCAGAUGAAUAAAAGCAUAACAACAUUACCCUAAAA